AUACGGUUGGAUCUUACUACUGUACUUGCAACAACGGAUAUAGUGGUAAUGGUACAACGUGUACUGAUAUUGGUGAAUGCGCAAACAGCAACCUGAAUAAUUGUGAUCAAAAUGCUUAUUGUAACAAUACGGUUGGAUCUUACAACUGUAUUUGCAACAAUGGAUACAGUGGCAAUGGUACAACAUGUACUGACAUUAAUGAAUGCACAAACGACACCUGGAAUAAUUGUGAUCAAAAUGCUUAUUGUAACAAUACGGCUGGAUCUUACUACUGUACUUGCAACAACGGAUAUAGUGGUGAUGGUACAACAUGUACUGACAUUAAUGAAUGCACAAACGACACCUGGAAUAAUUGUGAUCCAAAUGCUUACUGUAACAACACGGCUGGAUCUUACAACUGUACUUGCAACAACGGAUAUAGUGGUAAUGGCACAACAUGUACUGAUAUUGAUGAAUGCGCAAACAGCAACCUGAGUAAUUGUGAUCAAAAUGC